AUGAGAAAUAAAUUCUUGAAUUUUACAAUUUGUCAAAUAUUCAUUAUAAUUGAAGUGUCGCUGCAAUGUGUAAUGUGUCAAGGGCGGCAAGAGAAUUCACCAGCACAGAAUGUUUCAUACUAUGAACGAUCGUUUAAAAAAGUUUUAUCACGACGUAAGCGUUUUUUAGUUUGGCGACCAGGUAGUAAUGUUUUGUUAACAAGUUCACUUGCUAAACCUUUAGCUUUUGAAAAGCCCACUGGACAUAAUUACAUUAUGGAGUGGGAUAUUUUUUUUCCACUUCCGACAAGUUGGAGAGUCCCAACAAAAAAACCAAAAACAACAACACCACCACCGACAGAAGAAACCACUCUUGAGGUCACACAUUCUUGGGAUCCACAUUCUGACUCAACUGGGGAGAUUUGGAUGCCAUCAUCUGGUUGGGCGCCGGGUACUGACGUAAUAAAAGCAAUUUCCCACGGAAAAGAAGCUGACAAGAGGUUGUGGAAUUCUCCAUGGCAGCAACAACAAACAUUGAGAGAAAGCAAUUGGAAUGACAAUAAUUUAUUCCGACUUCCUUCUUCGCUACCAGUUACACAAUUUAAAAAUCCAUUACUUCAUAACAAAACACCAUGGCAACAAACUCUUCAACAAAUGACAUUUAAUCGAAACGACAGAACUAAUUUCAAUCACCAACAUUACCAAUCGAACCGUCAACCGCUGUCAUCAAAUGUUGAAAGGAAUUUUAUUGGCAUCGAUAAACAGCAGCAACGAAGACGUUUUAUAACAAAAGGUCGUUCGCUUGAAACAUUGAGUGAUUUUCGAGCUAUGAAGAAACGGGAAGUGGAAGAGUCAAUAGAAGAUGACGAUGACUAUUGGGAACAUCAUCAUGCCCAUCGUGAUAGACGAGAAUUGUAUAACCUUGUUGAAUCCACUUCACCGUUGUUGAAGAAAUCACAAUGUGGUUAUCAUGGUAAUGUAGAGGGGGGAAAGCUCUAA